AUGGCUAUGCCUCGGAAGAGUACUCUUUGCCCUUACAAGCCCGUACUGACCGAGCAGAACCUCCCCGACCAACAGGGCAAGGUCUUCAUCAUUACCGGCGGCUCAGGUGGUCUUGGAAAGGAGCUCGCUGCGAUCCUGUACCAGCACAAUGCCAAAGUGUAUCUGGCGGCACGGAGCGAGAGCAAAACCGCAGAAGUAAUCAAGGAGAUCCAGCGAGCUCACCCCAGGUCAUCCGGUCAAAUGCUGUUCCACCCCUUGCAACUCGAUGACCUAACUACCAUCAAAUCAUCUGCACAGCAGUUCCUCGCCCGCGAAUCUCGACUGGAUGUUCUCUGGAACAACGCCGGAGUGAUGGUUCCCCCUCAGGGUUCCAAGACUGCGCAAGGUUACGAACUGCAACUGGGAAUUAACAACCUCGGCCAUUUCCUUUUCACCCACUUUCUUCAUCCCCUCCUGGUUGAAACGGCCAAAGUGGCCCCAAAGAAUUCUGUUCGGGUCGUUUGGGUUGCCUCUAGUGCCGCGGACAACGCUCCCAAACCUGCGAUUGAUUUUUCGAACAUGGACUAUCAUCACGACGAAGGGAUCUGGACUAAAUAUUCCAGAAGCAAAGCCGGGAAUGUUCUGCAUGCAGUUGAGUAUGCGAGAAGAGCUGGAAGCCAGGACAUCAUCAGCAUGAAUGGACAGAGCUUAAAUCCGGGCAAUUUUGUGACCAACCUUCAGCAGACAAUGCCUAAAAUGCAACUGGCCAUGUUUAAACUUAUCAGUCACGCCCCAAUCAAUGGUGCUUACACAGAACUCUUCGCCGGCCUUCAUCCAUCCAUCACCCAAGAGAACAACGGCGGUUGGGUCUCGCCGUUCGGAAAGUUGGAACCAGUGCGCAAGGAUAUGCUGGAUGCAAACCUCUGCAGGAAGUACUGGGAGUGGUCCGAGACACAGGUCACGCCGUACAUGUAA